GCAGAUAUUUUAGUACAGUAUCCAAAAUCACCUAAACUGUGAUCAUCAAAAGUUCAUACAUAAAUCAUAUAUAUCUCUUUCACUAAGGAUCUUAUUAUAACUGUACAAAUCAAAUAUCAGCAUUAAAAUCUGUUCAAACGUGGAUAUCGCAGUUGUAGUAGAGUCACUUACAGACAAAUUAUACAGUUAUAAAAGUUAUUUAUCAACUCAGCUCUGCUGGUACGUGCUACUCCUCCUUCAACCUUUGAUCAAGAUGUUUCUAUAGAAGCUUCAUGUCUGCUUUUCCACUCUGAGAGAAACUCUGCAGCUGAUUUUUACUGUAUGAUCUGAAAGCUGAAUUCAGCUGAAGUCGUCUGAAGUCUGAUUCUGGGCUGUGUUUACUGAAAUGCAGGGUGAGAGCAUGCUGGGAAGAUUACAGAGGAAACUGCUGGUGGAGGAUGGAGAAAAUUCUAAAGACGAUUUUAAUGCCUCCAACCCCAGGAUGAUGGAGGAGAACGUGGCAGGCUCGAGUCCCUGGCCGAUACUCGUCGGUCUGCUGCUCUCAGUGCUGUCUGUGGCCUUCGUCAUCAUGCUGGUAGUUAGAUACCGCAUCAUCCAGCGCUUCUUUGGAGGCUACAGUGAAGCCCUCCUGCCUGAGGGGGACACAGCCAGUCAGUUCAGCCACGCCGGGACCCUCGCGGCCCACGGGAUGAGGGAGAGGGAGGUGUACACCAUCGAUCACGAGGAAGACGACGACGGAUUCAUCGAGGACAAUUACAUCUCCUCUGGUGAGAAGCAGAAAGUCGCUACAGACACGGAGGAGGAGGAGGUUCUAGACACAGACAGCGACGAUGAUCUGGACAUUCAUUUCUCUAUUGAAUGAACUGACGGCAGCACUGCAGCACUUAAUACAUCAUUCAGAUAAUCUGGUUUAUUUGUGUUCACACUGCUUCAGGUGUAAUUUUUUUUUUUUAAUAUUAUUUUUCAUACAAAGUCACCAGUAUCAGUCACAUUAAUAGUCAACCCCUUGUUUAUUGAAAGUAUAACUACAUAUAGGCACUAAUUUAAGAUACAUUAUUAUUUUUUCUCUAGUGGACACACAUUCGUUACAAAUUUAUUAUAAUUUAUUACAAAAAAAAGGGCACUCUAAAUGGUACUUUGUGAUUUUUCCCAUGCAAUACGCAGCCAAUUGAGUACUUUGUCUUGUUUUUGCCACUCUAAAGGGCACUUUAGCAAGGUUUUUUCAACCCUAGGGAACAAGGGGGGCUGUUUUAGGAUAAGGGCCCACUCUUUUCUAUUUAAUUGUCUUCUUAGCUUAUUCAUAACAACUGUUUCAAAUAGGAAAUAAUGACCAAAGUAUCGUUCUAAAGAAAGCACUUGUUACUGAAGUUUAACUGAACUGAACAAUCACGAUUAAUUUCCCCUGUAAGAUAAACUGGUAUACUUUGUAUCUUUGGAAAGAUCUUUACUAUUAUUAUAAUUACUGAAACAUGUAAUUACUGAAAAUACCUAUUUAAAACAAUAAAACUAUGAACAAAUGAUCCUUUUAAUGAAGAAAUAGGUCUAGAUUGGAUAUUUCUAUUGUGACGACUACCAGAGCACAUUUUUCAUAAUUUAACUUUUAGCCUUUAGUUCUAUUUUAUUCAAUAUUAUUUUUAUAUUAUAUUUUUAAUAUUAUAUGUACUACAGUAUUGUUGUAAGAUUUGUACUAUUACUAUUUACCAAAACUAAAUACUUCUUCUCAACCACAUUUUACAAUUUUUAUUCAUAUCUUACAAAAAACAAAUUAGAAUAAUUAAAAAGAAUAAUUGUUGUAAAGAAAGCGCUUGUUACUGUAGAUUCUCUGUAGAGUUUUGAUGUAUUUCAAUAAAGAAAUCACAUUAGAAAGA